CCCCGUGCUCCUUGCCUCCAGCCAUCAUCGCAGUCGUUGGCCAACAUCCCUCAGCGCCCUUCUGUCCUCUCAAUGUCGCCUUGAUCUAUUUUAUCUUCUCGUACUUCAUCUACUUUAUCUCUUUAUCUGCCCUCACCGCCCUCGAAUAUCGCCUCGCUUUCCCUUCUAAUGACGGAUUCCGGUGCAUCUCGAAGACAACCCCCCAGUCCUCUCGUCUUUUCUCCAGAAUCCGUCCUGUCGCCUCCCUCAGCUCCCGGUCUCAAUGCCAGCACCAGCAACGGGGCUGGCGGUUCCAACACCGUCUCCAUGCCCUUCGUACGUCGGCAUGUGACCCGUCGUCUCAAGGCUGCCAAAGCGGAGUGCGACAAGGAAUUGCAGCGAAUCACGAACAAUAUCACUACGUUUUUCGAGGAGAGACUUAGAGAAGCGGAUCAUGAGACAGACUACAGAGACAGAGAUUCUCAGCAAGGAGAUUACGACUCUUACUUCCAUCCCGUUGAUCUUCGUUCUGAUUUUCAGACGGAUGAAUCUAGCUCUGAUGGUGGCUACGAGGCCGAGAUGGAGUAUGGUAGUCGACAUAGCCGUCAACCUUCCGCCUCUUCAGUGAGUCCAGGAUCCUUACGGCAGAAUAUACCCUGGGAGAAUAGGCCUCUCGGUUCAUCUAUUUCUUCAAGCGGGCUUGCGUCUAGCCCGGCAAACUCGACAAUCGUUCUUCCCGACGCUCCUCUAACUCGCAAGGCCACCACUUCCUCAACUGGCUCAUCGUCCUGGACAGCUCCUUCCCGCCGAUUGUCUCGCACGAUUCAUAUUCCUACCCGUCCUACUCGUUCUGGUCAAAGUUCUCGUUCCACAUCCCGCUCUCGUUCUCCUUUACCAAAUCUCCAAACGCACACCUCAUUUUCUGACUACGGCUCUUCCUCCACCUCUAAUAGACGCUCAUCACGAAUUAUUGUUGACGACCCAGUUGAUCCUAUCAUGACAGCGCUGUAUGAAAUAAUUGCGGUUGCAACCGACGUCACCGAAAUGUCUAUUGCCCAGCUUACAGCACAACCAAAGGCCUGCGAAAGCCUCGUGCAGAGGGUUCAAAACAUUGGGAAGGCAUGGGAUGAUCAUCCUGACUGGCAUGGUAGAAACUGGUAUGUACAGGUGCUGCUCGCUAUCGCUGGACUUAGUCGAGUCGUGGAAUGGUGGGAGGCUGAAAAGCAGUUUUGGAACUUUGACGACGACGACGAAUUGGACGAGCCGCUGACGUUCGUGAUGAAACCAGCCGAUGACUAUCCUCCUGCACCAACGCCAACUGUCAAACGAGAUAUGGAGUUGGAGGGUUUCAAGCUCAAUCCUGAGGGUGAAAGCAAGCUUCGAACAUCGAGACCUGCCAGUCAAAUUCGGAGAUCUAGAGAAGAGCAGACCAAGGACUUGGCUUUUUUCAGUUCACACGAGGCGGCUGACACACACUCUCGAAUCCCUUCUAAGGUCCAAGAAAACACAGAAUCAGCGAGGGUUUUGGCGACAGAGAGGUUACGGCUACAAGCAGAGACAGCACAGAAUCAGAACAUAGUCAUGGAGCUGAGUCUGGAUGGUGAUCACUUCAUUUGGAUUAACUAUGCUUGGAGGAUUGUUGUCGGCACGGAUCCAGAGGGUUUGAUUGGAACUCGUAUCUCGGUUUUGAUACAUCCUGCGGAUGCCUAUGUUUUCUCGACAGCCACUCAACGCCUCCUCGAAGAUGAUUCGCACACAGUCGAAGCACAGUUCCGUCUUCGGGUUGAUCGUGACGACGAUAGGGUCCCUCCCAACGGCCAAACAUUGUACCAGAAAAUGGAAGGGAAAGGGAUGCUCAUGGUUGACCGCGAUAUUUGCGAGCCCUCUUACACGAUGUGGGUUGUCAAACCUAUCGCUCCCCCUCGAUAUGAGCAUGAUUCUCCGGCUAUCACCCUUAUUGCAGCAGGAGAUAUAGAAUUUGACGAUUUACAAUCGACAUUGGACCUGGAGACGGCACCACCUCAGGAAGCUGAAUUGAGUGCUAACGAUCUCGAAGGCACAUUUUCAUUCGGCCAGCCUAUCUGCACAGAUCCUAUUCUGUGCCGCAUUUGCGAAUGCCAGAUACCUCAAUGGUAUUUCGAGAAACACAGCGAAACUUGUGCAGAGACCCAUCGACUCGAAGCCGAGAUUUCGGAGUGCAACGAGUCAAUUGCAGAGCUCAGAAACACCAUCAGAGAUCUAGGUGCGACCUUUGACCGUGACUCGCCCUCGUCUACCCCUUAUUAUCGCGGCAAGGCCGUCUUCUCUCCUUCGACGUCUCCUCUCAUAUCAGCCCCCUUACAGCUUUUUCGUAACACUAAGCUGCAGAAGAUGGGAGUAAAGAAGAUGCAGAGGAGGUUGUUGGAGCAGCUAGAGGACAUUUUAUUGGUGGCUUCUGAGGUUUCUAUGCCGUCUCUUAAAGAAGAAGAAGCCAAGGAGCCGAUAGAACGGCAACGAUUACUGUCACCGGGAUCGGAGCGGAAGAUGUUGCAGGUGAAGAACUGGUCUAAACCUAUAAUCGAAGACAACGCCUUGGGCAUGUUGGUCCAGGAUGCGGAGAGAGUCAUGAGGCAAAAGAUUGAUAACGUUGUGAGGAUGCAGAACAUUAUACGAUACGCGGAAAAGGUCUGGCAUGAAGCGGAGGAGAAGGUCGGAGCUUUACUGGAGAGUGACAGUAGUGGGAGCGGUGGUGGAAGUUCUACCAGCGAUGGAGAAGGCGAAGAUGGGGAACGCUUGGAGGACCAUGUGCGCGAACUUGUCAUAUCUACUCGCGAUGGACAGCAAGCAGCAGAAGACGAUCACUCGAGCACGACGUCAGAGUACGCAUACUUUGGCGGCGACAAUUACCAUUCAUCACCAGAUCCUACGCCAAUGGCAUCCACGUCACCUAUCCCUCUAGUGACCCCCCCUGAAAGCCGGCCCGGCUCAGUGCCAAUGCCACCUCCUCUCCCUCCUCGUCAAACUUUACACACGCGAUCCUCUACGCCUUCUUCGAUAUCUUCUCCUCUGGCUUUGGCUGCCCCCAUUGUCGCACAAUCCCUAGAAGACUCGGUGCCCACGAUGGAGCUCGAUCCUGGCCCUCUUACGAUUCAAACACGGAAGUCAUCUCAGAGCUUGCUGGAGCCUCAUCUUGUUGUUACCCCGCCCGCAUCACCCCAAGUCACUGCCAAAGAUGGUCUUGGCCGCGAACGCUCCAUGAAGCGUGGCCAUCGCCGUCAUUCUACUGUGAAUCAUUCAUCCAGUUCUUCGGGUCCGAUGUCUCCUCGACAGCCAUCAAUCGCCCCUCUAUCUAGGACUUCCCCGGCAUCCAUAAAGGACUUUGAUAUCAUCAAGCCUAUUAGUAAAGGUGCCUUUGGCUCCGUAUUUUUGGCUAAGAAGAAAGUCACAGGUGACUACUAUGCGAUCAAAGUGCUCAAGAAGGCGGACAUGAUUGCAAAGAAUCAAAUUACGAAUGUGAAAGCUGAAAGGAUGAUCCUUAUGAAACAAGCGGAAUCGCCUUUCGUCGCCAAGUUAUAUUUCACGUUCCAGAGCAAAGACAAUCUGUAUCUUGUCAUGGAGUACCUGAAUGGUGGCGACUGUGCUGCAUUGAUCAAGUCACUAGGAUCUCUUCCGGAGGAAUGGACGAAAAACUACAUUGCCGAGGUCGUUUUGGGACUAGAGUAUCUACAUCAACGUGGUGUCGUUCAUCGUGACCUGAAGCCUGAUAAUUUGCUUAUUGAUCAACAUGGUCACCUGAAACUGACUGACUUCGGUUUGAGCAGAAUCGGUCUUCUUGGUCGGCAAACCCGCGAGAGUCAGCCUGAUCGUCUGUACACUAGAUACAACUCUCGUUCACGUCCGCCUUCCAUGGACUCAGCAUACUUGUCAUCUCCAUUAGUAUACGCCGAACCCGGAGGUUCGUAUUUCACGCAGCGGGCCCAAUCGAUUUCCCGUGUAGGAACUUCGCCUUAUCUGCCUCCUACAGAUGAUGUCAGCGAAUCAAGCGGGUCGGAAUCUCUCAGCGGAUUCUUCCCUCGUCGCAGCGUGAAGAGCGACAGUCCCUUGCAAUCUUUCGCAACGGAACUUACAACCGAUCUGCGCUCGCAUUCGAAUUCAACCGGCGGGACACCCCCAGGGGAACAGAAAUUCGUUGGUACGCCAGAUUACCUUGCCCCUGAGACAAUUCUAGGCUUGCGUGUUGACGACGCUGCGGUCGACUGGUGGGCUCUCGGAGUCAUCACGUACGAAUUUUUGUAUGGUAUUCCUCCAUUUCAUGCAGAGACGCCAGAAAAGGUGUUUGAGAACAUUCUGUCUGGGCACAUCGAGUGGCAUGAGGAGUAUGUGGACUUCUCUGAGGAAGCUCACGACUUUAUGGCCCGAUUGAUGAUCUUAGAUCCCUCUGUUCGUCUCGGUGCGCAAGGCGCCGACGAGGUUAAAGCUCACCCAUUCUUCGAAGGCAUCGUCUGGGACAAGGUAACGACAACUGAAGCAGCAUUCAUUCCUCAGGUUACCGAUCCUGAGUCGACGGAUUACUUUGACCCUCGUGGCGCUAUCCCCCAGCUAUUCCAUGAUGACGACCAGGUUGCUCUUGCUGGCCAGUCUGCAUUAAAUAGCCCAGUCGUCGAUCCUACAAUGCCCCCUCCCCCUGUCCCCAUUCCUGUGGGCAACCGCGAUCCCGUUCCUUCAUCCGCGAGCGAUGAUUUUGGGUCUUUCAGCUUCAAGAAUCUGCCCAUCCUCAAACAAGCUAACGAUGAUGUUAUACGGAAGCUCAAGACUGAUCAAAUGGCUCCUCUUGCACACGCAGUUUCGGAAUCCUCAGGUCUCCACAACCGGCGGCGCAGCGUUUCUUAUAGAAUCAAGAAACCUCCAAGCGUCGUGACGACGAUGGAUCCCAAGGCGACAGUGACCAAUCCACCAUCUCCUGCUACCUCGACUUCGUCCAUAGCAUCUUCACCGUCUCGAUCUUCUCUGCCAACGUCUGCACCCGCGAGUGCGGGCCAUGCUCGCAAACCGUCUGAGUAUGGACCGGUCGACCGCUUCAAGCUAAACCAUAUGGAUGGCCUUGAUCGACGAAAUUCUAUGCCUAGUAGGUUACGCACCGCAUCGGUUUCCAGCGGAGGUGAUGGUUCGGGAUCCGAAACCUGGAAUUCUUCCAUAGGGCACGGAUCAAUGGGCACGCCUCCAUCAUCGGUUCACUCUAUUGACUUGCGGAGGGGUCCUGAUCCCAGCGACCGUGCAGUGACUUGUUUGCUUGCUGAAGACAACCCCAUCACAGCCAAAAUUAUCGAGACAAUUUUGAUUCGGUUGGGUUGCCGCUGUGUUGUGGUUGCUGAUGGUUCUGAAGCUAUUAGUGUUGCAAUGGGUGAUAUCAAGUUUGACUGCAUCCUAAUGGACCUGCAUAUGCCAGUUUUGGACGGAGAAGGUGCUGCGCGGUACAUCAGAAGUACUAACAGCAAAAAUACCAGCACGCCGAUUAUUGCUGUUAGUGCCUAUAGUGGUUCGGACCCGAGUGAUGCUACGCAUAACCUGUUCUCUGGUUUCUUGUCAAAACCAUUGCAAAAGGCUGAUUUACUAUCUGUCAUGCGCCAACUGGGCUUCAAAACGACCACCAUUCCUGGCGGACCUGGUGCCACAAAAGUCACCGCAUCUCACAUCAUCUCAUGACAUAAUCCACGUUCCUUUUUUGCCUCCGUUUGUUUCCUGCGUUAUCGUCUCACAGCCAUGCCCAAUCAUCUUUUUUUUUUCCCUUUACACAAGUCGCAAGCAUUUUCAUUACUUCAUACUAUCCUAUCCCAGCAUUCUUCUCCUCGUCGUCCUACAUUGUACGCUAUUUAGAUCCCACACCAUGUGCUAACAACCUCUGCAAGCUCUGCUUGUUCUUUUAUUGAUGAAUUGACGUAUGUUUGGUGGAAACUGCGAUG